AAUUGCCGAACCGAGGGAAUGCUAUAAGUAGCUAGGUCAUACUGGCUAAUAUAAACCUGCCAUCAGGAUGGACUCACAAGCUUUGUUGAUUGUUUGUUUUGUUGUGGUGGUGGCGGCUCUAGCACUGCUCUCAAUUCGUAGGAAGACGUUAAAAGGCACUGCUCCAGUGCCUUCGGCUGGCGUUAACGGCUACGCUCUGCCGCGGCCGUCAAUCGCGGACGACCCUGGCAAGCCCGUCGUUAGGAUUCUUUAUGGUACUCAAACGGGCACAGCUGAGCGCUUCUCCAAACAACUUGGAAACGACCUGCGCAGCCGUUAUGGCGAUAGCACUGUGGUGGAUGUGCGCGAUGUGGAGACGUACAAGGCAGACCAGAAACUCGUCACGGAAAAGUUUGUGGUGUUCUGCAUGGCCACAUACGGAGAUGGAGAGCCCACUGACAACGCAGCAGUCUUCUAUUCCUGGUUGCUAAAGGAGGCAGAAGCAGUGGAGAGCGGAGGAAGGGAGCCUUUCUUGCAGGGUCUCUCGUACGCCGUCUUCGGCCUGGGGAACAAGCAGUACGAGCACUUUAAUGCCGUCGGCAAGAAGGUGUACAAAUCGCUUAAAACGUGCGGCGCAACACCAAUCGUCCGUCGCGGUGAUGGCGACGACGAUGGCGUCAUUGAUGAUGACUUUGAGAAAUGGUGCGCGGAGCUGCUGGACGUGCUGGACAAGUCCCAGCUUGUUGGCACGCGCGUCGACCAUGGUGCUCAUCACGCUGCACCUAUAUGCGUGCCUUCUUACGAUGUUGAUGUCGUACGCAGCAUGGAGACGCGUGAGGUGGCAGCCUUCCCCAGCGGCUCCGGCAAGGAUGUCCAUAGCCCGUUUUGGGCCAAGAUUACGGCUGUGCGGGAGCUGCACACUAGCCAAUCAGACCGCAGUUGCGUGCAUGUGGAGGUGGACGUCGGCGGCUCCGGUAUUUCGUAUGAGGCUGGUGACCACAUUGCCCUCUAUGCCCAGAACGGAGAAGCUGCCGUGAAGGCAGUCGCGGACCUUCUGGGUUUCGACCUGGACGCGCGCAUCGUGUUGUCCAUGCCCCGAAGCACUAGCUCUGGUGACAGUGGUCGAAGCAGCGAUUUGCCACCUCCAUUCCCAGGGCCGAUUAGCAUCCGUACGGCGCUUUCCUACUUUGCUGAUGUACUCUCCAGCCCACAUCGCGAUGCCCUGUUGGCGCUGUCGACCUUCGCUGCGGAUCGGGAGGAAGCCGCGCGACUGGCGCACCUGGGCUCGUCCCUGGGGAAACAGGAUUAUGCCGAGUUUAUUGGGAAACCGCACCGCAGCCUGCUCGAGGUUCUGCAAGCAUUCCCGUCCGCAAAGCCCACUAUCGGAGCGUUUUUUGGCUGCAUCGCGCCGCGCCUUCAGCCACGAUUCUACUCAAUAUCUUCCUCGCCCAAGCAGCAUCCUACGAGCAUUCACAUUACCUGCGCAGUGGUGCGCGACCUGAUGCCUACGGGUCGCGUCCACGAGGGUGUUUGCUCGACGUGGCUGAAGCGGCAUGGAAUGGGCGCAGUCGUGCCCGUAUUUGUGCGGCACUCGCAGUUUAAGUUGCCGCAGUCACCGAAGACACCGCUCAUUAUGGUGGGCCCGGGCACAGGCCUCGCACCUUUCCGUGGCUUCCUUCAGGAACGCGCAACACAGCUAGCAUCGGGUGUGGAACUAGGUCCCGCCCAUUUAUUUUUCGGGUGUCGCUCGCGGCAUCAUGACUACAUAUAUCAGGAGGAGCUGGAGGGUUACGUGGCCUCGGGCGUUCUGUCGAAUCUUCACCUCGCCUUUUCCCGGGACCAAGCUGCCAAGGAUUACGUGCAACACCAUUUGGAGAGCCAGGGAGCAGCUUUAUGGCCGCUCAUUUCAGAGGGCGGCGCGCAUUUGUACGUUUGCGGUGACGCCAAGAACAUGGCUAAGGACGUGCACAAGGCGUUCAUUUCAUUGGUGCAGAACACGAAAGGUUGCACGGGGACGCAGGCUGAGUCGAUCAUGAAGGAGCUGUCAGAUUAUGGUCGAUAUCAGCGGGAUGUGUGGUGAACUGAUGUCUAAUUAUGGGUAGUCGUUUAUUCGUGUCCGGUGGAUUUAAUCUGGUCCGGAAUGGUAGGGGCAGGUUCGUGGUAGCACCUAUAUAAAAGUUUGAAGUUUUGAAAACUGAGUUGAUUCUUGCUGUGCACAGAUUCUACGACAUUAUUUCAAGUAAUGAAAUAGAUUAUUGAGAAUUUAUUAGGUUGUUUCUAGAAUAUUUCCAAUAAUAAAAUUUUGCUGUAGAUUAUACACCAGUUUUUUACGGAUGUAAAGAAAAUUUAGAG